UAUUAACACAAAAGUCUGGCAGUAAUAUGUAGUUUAAAAUUUGUUGAUUUUUAUUUGGAUUUCUGAUAAAUUACUAUAUAUUUUAAAAUUUAAAUUUGUUUAUUUUUAAAUACAACUAAAUUUUAGUCAAAUAAGGAUAAAUUAAAUUUGGUUCCUACAUUUUACAUUUUUAACUAAUUAUCGCCUUGUCAACGUAAAAUACCAGAUGCCUGCACCAGCAACACUGAAUUCAAUUGAUCGUCCUGAAUCGGGGAAGCAAAUGGAGAGGGAUAAAAGUGGUAGUUCUAAUUGGGGAAAAAUGGAGAAUGGACCUGAUAAUGCUCAAAUUAAUCCCUUAAGUAAGCGGUGUGAUAGAUCCAUGUUGAAAACCAGGAAAAAAAAUAAAAACGCAAUUGAGGAAAACAUCCUUCAUGAUGCACUUGAACUUUGUGGAACUGCUUGUUCACAAUUGUGUGAUUUGAAUCGAGUGAUUGGUUUUACAAGAUGUUUUUCACGCCUUCAAACGGAAAGUAAAGGCUUGAUCAAAAUAAAGAAGAAAUCCAGCCUUGAAAUCAAUUAUACGCAAUCAACCCACCAACAUAUUAAAUUGGCCGAUAUAUGUUUCGAAAACCUAGAAUCUAGCCCGUUGAUGAGCGUCUUCACGAAAUUAAAAACGAAGCUCCACGAGGAGAUAGCAGAAAUAAUAAAAAAUAUGCAAAUGCUUACUCCAGCUAUUCAAGAAUGCCAAUAUUCAAUGUCUGCAGAAGUGGCGACUCUGGAGGGGGUCGAGAAGUGUGCCCUGAAGAUAUGCAGAGAAGUUCGGAAAAUAGAAUGUACGUUGUUGAUUAUCAGAAAUAGGAUUUGCAUGCCCAAAACAAUUGGUACCGCCGUUCCAUGGUUUUGUUGCAAAAAGGAAUUGCUUCAAAUUCAUAUUUUGCAAAAGCGCUUGAAUGAAGUCCGAAAUGAAGUCCUAAGAAAAAAAUGUUGUGUGAGUAUAUGUACCGACGGAAAUCAACGAUUGCAAGCUUAUAAUGACGAAUUGAAAAAAACCAUACAAGAACUUUUGACGGUACAUGAGGCAUAUCAACAGGAGAUAUCUGAUCUACAGGAAGACAUAGCUCCUAAACCGCCACACUCCCCGCCAAGUUCUUCAACACCUUCGGAUGAUUCGCCGUCAACACCGCACAUUGAUGAUCCCUCUCCUCUCACAACGUCCACUUCCGUCUCACCAUCAACUCCAUCAUCUGGAAAAUUGUCAACCUCCACACCUCCUUCAAGCUCGAAGCAGUCGUCUGUGAGUCGGCUCAGCUGUAGAAACUCGUCAAUACCAACAGAUAUCCUUUCGAUAUCUUCAAGUUCUCCACAUAAUCUACCAACAAGUAGUGAUUCGGUGGAGUCAUCUGCGAGUCAGGUUAGCUGUAAAACUUCAUCGGUACCAACACUCACAGCUUCAGAGUCGGUGGUUACACCGCCCUCGCCCUCGUUGAAAUCUUGUAGAAAUUCAUCAACACCAACCCUUAUGCCUUCCACCUCGGAACCGACAUCGAAAUCUUCAAGUUCUCGACCAACUUUACCAUGCGGAGAAUCAUCAUUGCCAACAACUACACAUACCAGUGAUUCGGACCAGUCAUCUGCCAGUCAGGUUAGCUGUAAAACUUCCUCGGCACCGACAGUUACAGCUUCAGAGUCGAUGAUUACACCGCACUCGCCGUCGUUGAUAUCUUGUAAAAAUUCAUCAACACCAACCCUUACUCCUUCCACCUCUGAACCGACAUCGAUAUCUUCAAGUUCUCGACCAACUUUACCAUGUGGAGAUUCCUCAUUGCCAACAACUAUACAUACCAGUGAUUCGGAGCAGUCAUCUGCGAGUCAAGUUAGCUGUAAAACUUCUUCGGCACCGACCCCCUCAGCUCCAGAGUCGUUGGUUACACCUCAAUCACCUUCGCUAAAAUCCUGUAAAAAUUCGUCGACAGCAACCCUUACUCCUUCCACCUCGGAAAAGACAUCGAUAUCUUCAAGCUCUCGACCUACUUUACCAUGUGGAGAAUCUUCGUUGCCAACAAUUACACUUAACAGUGAUUCGGUGCAGUCAUCCGCGAGUCAGGUUAGCUGUAAAACUUCUUCGACGCCGACGCUUACAGCCUCAGAGUCUCAGUCUCAGCCUCGUGUUACAUCCCACACACCCUCGUUAAAAUCUUGUAGAAAUUCGUCAACACCAACACGUACGCCUUCCAGAUCUUCAAGUUCUCGACCCACUCUAGCAUGUGGAGAUUCUUCAUUGCCAACAAAUACACCUUCCAAUAAAUCGGGACAGGCAUCCGCAAGUGGCGUGACUGAAAGAUCAUUAACUCCUUCCCUUGAAUGUCGGCAGUCUUCAGUAUCGUCAGCUACCUACUCCAACUCGAUAUCGACGCAAGUGAUGCAAUCAUCGAAAUGCGAAAAGUCCUCAUCUGAGACGAUUCAUGGACAUAUUUUAGGAGCGACUCCUGGUUAUAAUCUGGAAAUAUCAACGUCUAGUUCGCAUAAUGAAGAUGAAGAAGACGAAUCCCUGGAACCCGACGUAUCUAGCGGGAAGCCAAAGAAAGAUUCCGAUAGAGAUGGUGAUGAUGAUGGACGUGGCUUUGGAGGCCGAGGAAGAGAGCGUCCUGCAGAUGAUCGACAAGAACGUAAGGGAUCGCGAAAAAGUCGAGAUUCCAAACGGGACGAUAUUAAGAAAACUUGCAACCCUAGCUGCUCCUGCAAAAACAGGAGUGCAAAUUCCGAAAAAAAACUAAGAGACGCACUUGGUAAUCGCUGCUUACUGAAUCGUCCAGUUAUUAAUUGUCAACUUUUUGGGCGUAAAUUAGUGCUACAGGAUGAGAAUACAGCUCCGAGAAAUGAUGUUGACGAACUAAUGUGGGUUGACCAACAUUUGAAUAACGGCGAACGUAACGCUAGACAGGAGAGUCUAGCGAAGAUAGUGAGGUCGCUGGUUGCACAGUUGGAAAUUGACCAGAGAAAACUUGAAAGAUAUAAACGGGAGCUGGCAGUUUCCAGUAAAGGCAAUGAAGCGAAAAUGUUAAAAUCAGGAAUCAGCGGUAUAGGAGCGAAGUCGAAUUUGGCAUUUUUGGAUGAAAAUCUGAGAAAAUAUGCUUUUAACCAUAAUAACGAAAGUACGCAGAAUUUCCAGGGACUGAUUAGGACUGACAAACUGAAAGCGUUAGUAGCGCACGCCAUUACUUUAAAUACUCAAAAUGAGAAAAAUUUUAGGGCCUGCUUAAAGUAUAGGAAGUUGGUCGAAAGUUAUCAAAGUGAUUUGGAGAAAUAUAUCCAGAAACUCUUAGAGCGUUCGACUGUUUGCAACGUUCAUACGAAACCAGGAAAGCAUUCCGAAAAGGCAGAGUGGAUUGAAUACUCAAAGGAUGUUGGAAUUUUAGCGAAGGGUGUGAACGUAGAAGUGCAAAGACAAAAGCUGGCAUUGAAAAUAUAUAAGAAGGAGUGCGAUGUUCGAAUUCAAAGGAAGAGGAACCUUUUGGCGAAGUUAGGAAUGUAUACAAAACUUCAGCAAUAUUUUUACACACAAACCUUUGUGGUUCCCAAAGAAUCAGAGAUUGUAAACCUUACGAGAUCAGAAGCGAAAUACAAGAGAUUGCUGAAGAAAUAUGAAAAGAGUAACGAUCAUUUGACCAAACAAAGAGAAGAGAUCCUAGAUGACCUCAAAACACGUAAAGAGAGGUUUGAAGCUAAAAAAUUAGAAAUGGAAUCUUUCAAUAAUCGUAUUGUUGAAGAUAUUAAGGACAUAAAGAGUGAGAACGAAAAAAUGAGUGGCGAGAUAGAAGAACUGGAGGUUAAGAAAACUAAUCUUUCGAAUCAGUCAUCAGAUUUCAAUCUGAAUAUUGAGGAUUGUAAAUUAAAAUUGGAAGAACUUACAUCUAGGCUGGUCAUUGCUCAGCAACUUAUCAUUCCGGAAGUAAUAAAAUGUGAUGCGUCGAACGAAACAUUUGCUGAAGAAUUUCACGUAGCCUAUAGCGGAUCUCCAGGACAAACUCUAAACUUCCGACAGAACACGUCUCCUGGCCGAUCCUCCCAAAUUCAGACUUUCUGGGAAACUUUUCGCCAGGAAGUUCAGAGUGCCAUUCGCAGUAUAGAACCCGCAACUAUAGAGAAUGAUAUUCAAAAUGAACUCUUAAAGAUUGACAGGUCGCUUGAAGAACUGAAAGCGCCCAAAAACUUGUUGACGAUGUUGAACAAUUCUGGUGAAAUUAUUGGGGGGAAAGAUCCUGACUUGCAUGACAUCUGUUUGAAGAUAAUUCGCCAAGGCAUAAAUCGCCUUAAUUUCUACGACCUACUCCAUUUGCAUUCUGCAGUUUGUAAUGCCGGCAUAGAGCUUCGUAGGAAAGCACGAGGAAGUCGAUAUAGCUGCGGAGCACCAAUUGUUCGAUUAACACGGGACAAGGGUCUAAGCCGCGCAGAAACGAUAAGACUUGAAAAACUUGAAAAGGAUAUGAGCAAAACACAACAAUUAUUACGAUUCCUACAGAGGCAGGAGGAUCAUUUGGAAUAAUUGUCGAUCGUUUGGUAUUUGUUGGCGAUAUUUGGUUGUUAGAAAUAUUACUGUCAAUGGACUUUUGAUUUACUAUAGAAAAUACAUUUUUCUCUUAUUUAUUACA